AUGUCAGAUAACUUAGACCAAUCACCUGCUAACGCUAAACCGAUUGGAGAGGGUGAAAUCAGAGUGACCACCCUAGGCAGAGUUUCAAACUACGUUACCUACGCUAAAAAGUUACUCUCCAACGGCGUCCCUGUGAUUACAAUUAGGGGAACAGGGAGGGCAAUGAGCAACGUAGUCGAAACGGCAGAAAUACUCAGGCACAGUAUAAACGGUCUACAUCAGGUUACGACAGUUGACACCCAAGAUAGACUGGCUGACCCAAAGACGAAAAAUGGUAAGGACUCAAAGUUCAGUGUUUGUUUCCUCACUAUUGCGCUGACUCUUGAUCCUUCCAAGAUUGAUACGAAAUCUAUUGGGUAUCAAUCUCCACUUACUCAGGAAAUGCUUGACGAGGUGGACGUGGAUCAAUUGUUACACCCAAGGCGUGGUCCAAGGAGGGGUGGUAACAGAGGAGGCCCUAGGAAGCAGUAG